CUACAAGUCCACUUCUCUAAGAAGAUUUGUUCAGAGCACACGACAAAACACAAAAACAAAACCUUCAAGAACAACUCCAUUUAAAUAUCUAUAAAGAAAUGGAUCUUGAUUUAAUACAAGAUCUGCCCAUGCUGAAGUUCCCAUCACCCAUCAAGAUCCCAUCCAACAACACCAACAGAGAUGAUGACGGCGGCAGCGGCGGCUGCACCACUCCCACUUCCUCCGACCACAAGAUUCCUCCCUCCACCGCCACUACUCCUCCUCCUCCGCCUCAGAAACGCCGCCCACCUCCGUCGCCAUCAUGUUUCAUCAAAUCUUGCAAGAGGAAGCUUUUGACGCCAUCAAAGGUUGAGAUCAUCGUCAACAAAGAUGAGAUCGAACGCUUUUUCUCCUCUGUUUACAAUCACUCAACGACGUCAUCCCCCACAACCACCACCACCAAGACGGCUCUCACGGUGGUCAGGCGACGGAGAAGUUUCCGUUCUUGUUCUCGAAGAUGAUCAAUAAUUGGAGUUAACCACAAUAAAGUUAAAGGUUCCUUCAUUUCGGUAACUUUUUAUUUAUUUUAUGUAACGAUUCUCAACUUUACACGUCGACCCACUCUAUAUAUAUACAUGUGCUAUCGAUCGUUGGAAUCUUUCUUUUCUUAAUAGCUUCAUGAAUUAUGUAAAUGUUCAAUAAAUUUAUAUUUGCUAGUU